GUGAGUCAAAAAAAGAUAACUGAAUUAUUUAUAUUUUUAGGUAAAAGUGGCACUGCUCCUUUUGUUCAAAUUCCAUACCCAAUUUAGAAAAUAUGAAAUAGUCUGAAUGAAUUUCUACACUCACUUUACCCAACUGGUACAAAUUCAAAGAAUCUCCUUGUUUAUGUGACAAUUUAUAUGGGAAUACUACUUGGUGAAUGAUGGAUUUUGAUUUAGAGGACGAGCUGGUUUUUAAUGAAGAUUAUUAUGCGUUUUUAAACGUAUCUCGAGAGGCAACUAAAGAAGAAAUAAGUAAUGCCUACCGUAGCCUUAGUCGCGUCUAUCAUCCCGACAAACAUCUUGAUCCCGAAAACAAAGAGAAGGCUGAAAUACUGUUCAACAGAACUAAGAAAGCGUACGAAGUGCUUUCCGAUCCGCAUCGAAGAGCGAUCUAUGAUAGCUUGGGUGUUAAGGGUUUAGAAACCGAAGGUUGGGAAAUUGUUCAGCGUACAAAGACACCUGCAGAAAUUCGGGCCGAGUACGAACAGCUCGCCGAGGAAAAAGCGGAAAGACUUAAGCAACAACGCACAAAUCCCCAUGGAGCCAUUACAAUUAAUAUUAAUGCGACAGAUUUAUUUAACCCUUAUAUCGAUGAUUUAAGCUUAGACAAUGAGUUGGAUAUUGAACCAACAAGCCUGUUACCGAGUGUGGAAAUAUCAGGAAUGAAUUUUAAUCAAUCCGUUGAGUUACCGCUAACACAGAAGGAUACAUGCACGUUAGCGGGACAACUGCAGACGCACAAUGGCACAGGAAGCGGUGGAAUUAAUCUUAGUUGGAGGCAUAUCUUUUCUCACAAAAGCUGGGGGGAAGUGGAAAUGUUGGCAGGUAACGGGCCUGCGAUUUCACUAAAAGCGUUUAGAACUCUAUCGAAGCGAUUUUUUUGGAAUGGUGGUACUGUGCUACAAUUUAGUCCACAAGGGUUGAGACCUGGAAUAAUGUCUACAUUAGCCAUGCAGAUUGAUAAGCACACAGUUACAUACUUUACAUAUCAGGGUGGACUGAGAUCUUUACUUUCUACCUCGAUCGUUAAAGAUUCUGAAUUUGGCCUCUACAAUUUUAAUGUGCAAGUUGGUUUACCUCAUUCGUUCAUUUCAUUUAGUUACACCAAAAAGAUGUUAAAUCAGGAGUUGAGGCUGAAAAUCGCAGUUAAGGGAGGUACUUUCGGCGGCAUGGUGGAAUAUGGCGCUGAAAAAAAAGUAUCAAAACACACUUGGCUAUCCGCAGCAGUAGCUGUAGGUGUACCAACAGGAGUGAAACUUAAAAUUAGAUUAAAUCGGGCCAACCAAACAUAUUCAUUUCCUAUACACCUAUGCGAGGAAGUAAUGCCAUCGGCCAUUUUCUACGCAACCGUAGUUCCCUUAGUAGUGUAUGUUCUGGUAAAAAAAGGCAUAGUCGAACCUUUCCAUAAAGAACAGCAAGCGCAAAAGAUCGAAAAAGAGAAACAAAAGAAUCAAGUGCAGUUAAUGGAGAAACGUAGAGAGGCGCAGGCGGCAGUAGACCUUAUGACUGCAACUUACGCGCGCAUUUGCACUGACGAGGAGUCUAAAAAGGGCCUUAUAAUUAAUAAAGCAUUAUACGGGAAAAUAUUAAACGAAAAAAGUGAAAGCGAGGAAGUUAUAAAUGUUACUAUUCCCUUGCAAUGCUUAGUACGAGAUAGUAAAUUGGUUUUGUACGAACAAUCAAAGAGUCAAUUACCUGGGUUCUUUGAUCCUGCAGUUGGUGAAGAUAAAUUUCUGUAUGUUUCGUAUACUUAUCGUAGUCAACCAUAUGAAGUUACUGCGGGCGAUACAGAACUUUUACGAUUACCAAAGUCUAGUCAUCGGAAUAGUGUAACAUAGCUAUAAUAUAACAUCAAAGAUUAGUCGUUAAAUUUGUUGUAGAUUUUUCAUGAAGUUUGUGAAAAGUUUUUUUUUGUACAAAAUGAUUAAAAGUAUUUCGACCCGA